UUCAUCUACAGCAUCAAGUUUAUUAACAAUUUCUUUAUCCAGUUCUUUCUCCUUCUCUUUUAUAUCCUUCAAUAAUUAACUUUAGGAUUCGAUGAUCGAUAAACAUUUCUUUCAAAAUCGAUUCUUUUUCCAAAAAGGUGAUAAAUGGAUCAGCUGAGAAAAAGAAUCUUUGUCAGUAGUUUUAUUUGUGUUCUUUUCUUUUCUUUUCUGGUUCAGUUGAUCUUCACUUCAUUUCUUUAAUUAAUGUUUCACAAUUCGCCAACAAAUUAAUCUGACGAUGUGGACAAUUUAAAUUCUAAUUGUGACAAUCAAUAUUCUAAUCACCGAUCGUGUUGGAAAAAUUCAUCUAAUCAAUUCCAUUGAAUCUACUUAAAGAACCAAAUAAUUUACAAUUGUGUGUGAUAAUUAAGCAACUUGAUUUAUCGUUGAUUUUUUGUCUCUAUUUUGUUGAUAAAAUCUAUUAAGGUUACAGAUCUCAUAAUAAUUAUUGGAAUUUCUGUUUAUUUCGUUGAUACCAAAUCUAAUUUAAUCUUGUAUUAACAUGGAAUCAGGAUUGAUUGCAUUUACUUUGACCACCUUUAUAUUGGCUGAUUUAUGGACGAUUUCUCAGCAAUCUAGUGAUAAUUUGAUUCUCAAAAGUGUUGCCAUUGUUCAUCGACAUGGUGAUCGAACACCAAUUUCCACCUUUCCAACCGACAGUUAUGCUAAUGCCUCUUUUUGGCUUGAUGGUCCUGGUGAAUUGACCUCUGCUGGUAAAGCUCGUAUGUUUGCUCUUGGGCAAUAUUUCCGUGAAAGAUACGGUGACUUUUGGCCUUUAAAUGUGCGUGAAGUUGAAGUUCGCAGUUCAGAUGUAAAUAGGUGUCUCGAAAGUUCCGCUCUUGUCCUUGCUGGUGCUUUUCCACCCUCUGGAAGGUGGAUCUGGUCUAACAAGUUGCAUUGGCAACCAUUUCCUAUUCAUACUGCACCUCGAACUUAUGAUAAUAUAAAUAAUCCAUCAGCUGCUUGUCCAGUAUGUGAGAAAGAGGAAGAGAGAUUGAAAAAGUCACCCGAAUACAAGCAACAUGAAGUUGAAUUUCAUGAUCUCUUUCAUUACCUGACCAAAUACACAGGUAUGAAUAUAACUGAUCUAUUCUCAGCCCAACGUAUUCACGAUACACUCAAAAUUCAAGCGGAAAACAAUUACACUUUACCUUCAUGGGCAACAACUGAUGUAAUGAAUAGACUAAAGAGAAUCUCUGAUCUCACCUUUACUUUGGAUUAUUCAACAUAUUUAAUUCAAAGACUUCGAGGUGGAGAAUUUUUAAAAGAUUUGAAAUCACAUUUCACAACAAUCAUGAAACAAUCAUUAAAAUCUCAAGAUGAGUCAAUCCCUAUUGUUGAUGAUGUUUCCAAGAAAAUCUUUUUCUAUUCAACCCACGAUUCACAACUGUCCAUAACCCUAAGUACUUUAAAAGUUUUCGAUAAACUCAGUCCACCCUAUGGAUCAAGUAUAAUUUUCGAGUUGUACCAAGAAAAAUCAACUAAUCAUUUCAAAUUAUCACUUCUCUAUCUAAAUGACACUUAUUCUAAGCAACCUCAUUACCUUAAUCUCCCCGAAUGUGAUGAUACCAAAUUCUGUGAUAUCGAACAGUUUUACCACCAAAUUUUUGUUUAUUUACCCGAAAAUUGGAGAAGUGAAUGUGGCCUUGAAGGAAUUCAUUGUGAAGAGGAUUUGGUGACAUUAUCGUUGAAUUUAUUAACAUUUAUCGUAAUCUCUGUUCUCGUUUCCCUAACUUUAAUUUACUUUGCAAUUAAGAAGAAAGGUAAAGAUGCUUAUGUUUACCAAAUGUUACCAGUUCUCUGAAAUGAACCAAAAAUAAUGGAAAUUGUUAUUUUCGUUUUGGUAAAAUGAACAAAAAAAAAUCCAUUCAUUUGUAAAUUGCAUUUCCAUUGUUCUAACAAUAAAACUCUAAAUCAUUCUAAUGAA